UUCACUGUUGAUGAUAAUUAUUCAGCAGUAUUAGCCUAUACCCAGUGACUACAACUUCCUGUUUUUCUUUCUCACAAGAAAUAAUUCUUUGAUAAUGAUUAGAUGAAACGUAUUUUAAAGGUUUUAUCCACUACUAAAACAAUUGAUUGAAGAUGUCAUCUUCAAAACGUGUCAACACAACAGCGACAGCAAGGUUGCGACAAGAUUACAUGAGAAUUAUGAAAGAUCCAGUACCUUAUGUGAAAGCGGCGCCUCUACCAUCAAAUAUACUAGAAUGGCACUAUCUUGUUGUCGGGCCAGAAAAUUCUCCAUAUGAAGGAGGAACAUAUCAUGGAAAACUUGUGUUUCCUCGUGAAUUUCCCUUUAAACCUCCAAGUAUAUAUAUGAUUACACCAAAUGGAAGGUUUAAACUAAAUACAAGACUGUGUUUGAGUAUAAGUGAUUUCCACCCUGAUACAUGGAACCCAGCAUGGUCUGUAUCAACAAUUCUCACAGGAAUGCUGAGUUUUAUGUUAGAGAAGACACCAACACUUGGCAGUCUGGAGACUUCAGAUUAUACUAAAAGACAGCUAGCUGCACAGAGUAACGCUUUCAACUUAAAAGACAAAAUAUUUUGUGAACUGUUCCCGGAUGAUGCAGAGAAAAAUGGAAAUCGUUUGAACACGAAGGAAUGUUUAAUCGUUAAACUUCUAGAUGAAGCCUGUGACUACAGAUGGCAAUGA